CCUGUUUACAGCCUACGUAACAACUGCAGUCUGAGGCUCCGCCCAUCCUCAUUCACGGCAAAAUGGCGACGGAAAACUGUGAUGCUGUGAACGCGGACCCUGACAUGGAACUGCUUAGCGACGAGGAACUGGAAAGAGAAGCGGAGGGCUUCAAAGAGCAAGGUAAUGCUUUUUAUGUGAAGAAGGAUUACGCUGAGGCCUUCAACUAUUACACCAAGGCAAUUGACAUGUGUCCAAAAAAUCCAAGUUACUAUGGAAACCGGGCGGCAACGCUAAUGAUGCUGUGUCGGUACAGAGAGGCUUUAGAGGACGCUCAACAAGCAGUACGGCUAGACGGGAACUUUGUGAAGGGGCAUCUGCGGGAGGGCAAAUGCCACCUGUCACUGGGCAACGCCAUGGCUGCCCGCCGUUGUUUCCAGAAGGUUCUAGAGCUGGAGCUGGAAAACGGUCAGGCCCAGCAGGAGGUGAGGAAUGCGGAGUCUAUUCUCGAGUACGAGAGGAUGGCAGAGAUCGGUUUUGAGAAAAGAGACUUCCGAAUGGUCGUCUUUUGCAUGGAUCGUGCCUUAGAGUCGGCCCCAGCUUGUCACAAGUUCAAGAUCCUGAAAGCCGAGUGUUUAGCCCUGCUGGGUCGAUACCCAGAGGCCCAGUCAGUGGCCAGUGACAUUCUGCGAAUGGACUCCACCAACGCAGAUGCCCUGUACGUGCGCGGCCUUUGCCUCUACUACGAGGACUGCAUCGAUAAAGCCGUCCAGUUCUUCGUCCAGGCGCUGCGCAUGGCUCCCGAUCACGACAAAGCUCGCCUCGCGUGCAGAGAUGCCAAAGCACUAAAAGCCAAAAAGGAGGAAGGAAACAAAGCGUUCAAAGACGGAAACUUUGAAGCAGCCUACGAGCUUUACUCCGAGGCGUUAACAAUAGACCCCAACAACAUCAAGACUAAUGCAAAGCUGUACUGUAACAGAGCCACCGUGGGCUCUAAGCUGAAGAAACUAGAUCAGGCCGUUGAAGACUGCACAAAGGCCAUCAAGCUGGAUGAGACCUACAUUAAGGCCUAUUUAAGGAGAGCACAGUGCUACAUGGACACAGAGCAGUAUGAAGAGGCAGUGAGAGACUAUGAGAAGGUUUACCAGACAGAAAAGACAAAAGAACACAAGCAUCUUCUGAAAACCGCUCAGCUGGAGUUGAAGAAAAGCAAGCGGAAAGAUUACUACAAAAUCCUCGGAGUGGAGAAGAACGCCACGGAAGAGGAGAUUAAGAAAGCGUACCGCAAACGGGCGCUUUUACACCACCCAGAUCGUCACAGUGGAGCCAGCCCAGAGGUGCAGAAGGAAGAGGAAAAAAAGUUUAAAGAAGUUGGAGAGGCGUUCAGCGUGCUCUCGGACUCCAAGAAGAAAUCUCGCUACGACAGCGGGCAGGACCUGGAGGACGACGGCAUGAACAUGGGAGAUUUUGAUGCCAACAACAUUUUCAAGGCUUUCUUUGGAGGUCCAGGAGGUUUUAGCUUUGAAGCAUCCGGACCUGGAAAUUUCUUCUUCCAGUUCGGUUAAACGGACGACACGUCGGCCCAAAUCUUUACUGAAUCAGGACUUUUCGACAGUGUCAACCCCUCAGCUCCACAUCUGUUUCGACUUACUGACUGCUCUGCAGAUUCUCCUCCACGCCAUGACGCUGAACACAACCCAGCGACCACAUGCAGCCAUUGAUUUACAGCCCGUCGCAGCGAUGGCACCAGUGUGGGUCCGGUUAUGAGGGUUUUGGAUUUAGCUUUCCCCGUUCCAGAAUCACUCGGAAAAUCAGUGACGGUUAGAAAGCACCGGCCCAAACCUCCUCUGGAUGUUUUUUUGUUUUUUCUGCAGUUAUUUUAUCCCAGCUUUUAAAGAUCUGUUCAAAAGUGCCAUCUUAGAAAGCUGAAAAGUAGAUUCUUGAUCAAUGCUUUCAGACAGAAAUCGCUGACCAAGAGUAUUCUGUAUUCUGCUGGAAAAAGACAAAAAAAAGCACAGCCAUGACACUAUGACGGUGGAAACAUCAGCUUUACCAGCAAAUCCUCCUCCACUAUUAUAUAUAUUUUUUUGCCAUUCACUGAUUGCUGCAAUGUACAUCUUGCUGGAAUGUAAAGUGUUAAUUUGUGAUGUUAGAUGAUCCGUUUUUUUUCCACUUUUUUAAAGGUUUUCUUAUGUAUAUUUAUUGUAAGUUUGAUUUCUUUCACUCUUCUGCUGCAUAAAAACGCCAUUUAUUUCUGCUCGAAUGGGAGAUGCUGCCCGACUGUGACGACGGGAUUCGACAAACUCAUUCAAUAAUGUGAGUUUUUUUUUUUUAUGCUGCUGUCUCUAGAUAUUUUUGGCCCGGUGGUUUUCAUUAACCGUAAAAUAUUACCUCUUGUUGAAGAAAAAUGAAGAGUGUCCUUAUCUCUUUCUCCGGUGAAACCACCACAUCUUCACCUGUGAAAUAAACCAGCUGUGUCAAUAAAGUCGGCCUUCUCCGG